AUGACGUAUCCCCGCCCCGAUUUCGAGCGUAACCCACUUCGUUGGGAGUCUCUCAACGGACAAUGGGAUUUCCUCUUUGAUGAUGGAGAUUCCGGCCUCAACGAGAAUUGGCAGCGUAAAGGCCUCCCAGAGAAGGUCAAUGUCGACACUUCUGCCAAUCGCAAAGAAACUGGUCAGAAUGACAGCGUGGUACAGAAGAUCAUGGGUGAUGCCCAUUCUCUUAUUCAGAACAACGUCUUUGCUUCAUCUACGCAGACUACCAACUCAAAAACCAAAAUCAAUGUCCCAUGUGUUUUCCAAUCUCCUGCUUCUGGUAUCAAUGACCGUGGCGUUCAUGAGGUUAUGUGGUAUGAGCGUGUCAUCUCAGACUUGCGAUCAGCCCAGGAGAAGGAGAAGGGACACAAACUGGUCUUGAGAUUUGGUGCUGUUGAUUAUGAGGCUAGUGUUUGGGUCAAUGGAGAAUACGUCGGUGGUCAUCGUGGCGGUCACGUUCCCUUCGAAAUUGACAUUACUGAUGCCGUGGAUGCCGCUAAGGAUGCAACAACUCACCGAGUCACUUUGCGCGUCUAUGAUUCGGCUUAUGAUCUUACACAACCUCGAGGCAAACAAUACUGGGCUGCCAAGCCAGAGACUAUCUUCUACACCCCAUCUGGUGGUAUCUGGCAGUCUGUUUGGCUAGAGGUUGUUCCCAGUGCUCGUAUUGCUGAUAGCUCUUAUGGAACAGUUAUCAAGUCCAAUGAUAUCCAAUCUGGCCAGCUUCGAAGCACCAUCGCUGUCAAGGGACGCAGAAUUGGAAAGGGCUAUUCUGUCGAGCUUGAAUCCAGCUUUGCUGGUAUUCCUGUUGCUAAAUCGGACAAGAAGGCUCUUCCCCGAGAGACGAGCUCCGUUGGCGUUGAGCUGAACAUGCGCCUGUCCGAAGAGCAGAGAUCCAAGCUAUCCAAGUCUGUCACUGAAAGUGCCCCUCUUGACAACGACUUUGCUUGGCGCGAUGGUGUUGCACUCUGGUCUCCUGAGCAUCCCCAACUCUAUGACCUCGUUAUUCGCCUUUAUGAUGACGCUGAGAACGUCAUCGACGAAGUCAGGACAACCACCGGUAUGAGAAACAUCAACUGGACAACAGGAGAUGGUACCUGGCGACUCAAUGACAAGCCCUACUUCCAGGCUCUCUGCCUAGACCAAGGGUACUGGCCUGAGACCUUCAUGACUCCUCCUAGCUCCGAGAGUCUCAAGCUAGAUAUUGAGCUCGCCAAGAAGAUGGGCCUCAACGGUUGCAGAAAGCACCAGAAGGUUGAGGAUCCCCUCUUCUACUACUGGGCUGACAAGCUUGGCUUCCUCGUCUGGGGUGAGAUUGCGAAUGCUUAUGCGUUCAGUGCUGAGUAUGUUGAUCGAUUCAACGCCGAGUGGACUGAAGCUGUCAAGCUGGUUAUCAACCGUCCAUCGGUCGUGACAUGGACUCCUGUGAAUGAAAGUUGGGCUUAUCCUAACCUUGAGGAUAACGCUGAUCAGCGUAACCAUAUUCGUCAGCUCUACCAUCUCACCAACGAUGGCCCUGAGAUCGAAAAGACCUGCUCCACUCUUGAGGGCAUCAUUGGCCCCAAGGCUGGUCGAGGUGUUUUCCUACCCCCUAUUCCUGGUGCUGAUGAGGGCUCUAAGCACAAGCCUGGCGCUCCAGUCAUGAACACCGAGUUCGGAGGUGUCAACAUUGCACCAGCCAAGAAGGAAGAUGGCGAUAGCCUCGAUUGGGGUUACACUACUGCCACUAACGCCGAUGACCUGGUCGAAAGAAUUGAGCGCCUCGUCAACGGUGUUGUCUUGGGAGGACACUGCUGUGCUUUUGUCUAUACUCAGCUGGCGGAUAUUGAGCAGGAGGUCAACGGACUGUACACUUUCAACCGAGAGGCGAAGUUGGAUGCUUCCAAGGUCAAGGCUGUGAUCGACAAGGCUCUCGGCGCUUACUACAACAGGGUCAAAUAA